CUCUCUCAAAUUUUCCUCUUUAAUCCGAUUUUCUCACUCGAUUUUCCCAUCGUUUCUCUCUUCCCAAACAGAUCUGUACGCGUUUUCCCUUUCCUCGCUUCAUUUUUCUCAAUUUUUUCUUCGAUCUGCUUUAGAUUUGCGCUUUCCAGAUUCCAUCUCUCUAACCGAUUCAAUUUUUUUGCUGUGGAAGUUAACUACCAGUCAAGAUGGUGAAGUUUACAGCUGAGGAGCUUCGUCGUAUUAUGGACCUGAAGCAUAACAUUCGUAAUAUGUCUGUUAUUGCUCAUGUUGACCACGGAAAAUCCACUCUCACUGAUUCUCUGGUGGCUGCUGCUGGAAUUAUUGCACAAGAAGUAGCAGGUGAUGUCCGUAUGACUGAUACCCGUGCAGAUGAAGCUGAGCGUGGUAUUACAAUUAAGUCUACUGGUAUCUCACUGUACUAUGAAAUGACUGAUGUGGCUCUCAAGAGUUUCAAGGGAGAGAGAAUGGGCAAUGAGUAUCUCAUUAAUCUCAUCGACUCCCCUGGGCACGUCGACUUCUCAUCUGAGGUUACUGCUGCACUUCGUAUUACUGAUGGAGCCCUUGUUGUGGUGGAUUGUGUUGAAGGUGUCUGUGUCCAAACUGAAACUGUGCUACGACAGGCCUUGGGAGAAAGGAUUAAGCCUGUUCUGACUGUCAAUAAGAUGGACAGAUGCUUCCUUGAAUUGCAGGUGGAUGGAGAGGAGGCCUAUCAGACUUUUAGCCGUGUUAUUGAGAAUGCUAAUGUGAUCAUGGCUACAUAUGAAGACCCACUGCUUGGUGAUUGUAUGGUCUACCCAGAGAAAGGAACAGUUGCUUUCUCUGCUGGUCUUCAUGGCUGGGCUUUUACUUUGACAAACUUUGCAAAAAUGUAUGCCUCAAAAUUUGGUGUUGACGAGUCAAAGAUGAUGGAAAGGCUCUGGGGUGAGAACUUUUUUGAUCCAGCCACCAAGAAAUGGACCACCAAGAAUACUGGUUCAGCUACCUGCAAGCGAGGGUUCGUUCAGUUCUGUUAUGAACCUAUCAAGCAGAUUAUUAACACUUGUAUGAAUGAUCAGAAGGAUAAGCUGUGGCCUAUGCUGCAAAAGCUAGGAGUCGUCAUGAAAUCUGAUGAGAAGGACCUGAUGGGUAAACCAUUGAUGAAACGUGUCAUGCAGACAUGGCUCCCAGCAGCUAGUGCUCUCUUGGAAAUGAUGAUCUUUCAUCUUCCUUCUCCAUCAACAGCCCAGAGAUACCGUGUUGAGAAUUUGUAUGAGGGUCCCCUUGAUGAUCAAUAUGCUACUGCUAUCAGAAACUGUGAUCCUGAGGGACCUCUGAUGCUUUAUGUCUCAAAGAUGAUUCCUGCCUCUGACAAGGGUAGGUUUUUUGCCUUUGGCCGUGUCUUCUCUGGUAAGGUUUCAACUGGUUUGAAAGUCAGGAUUAUGGGACCAAAUUAUGUUCCUGGAGAGAAAAAAGACCUGUAUACUAAAAGUGUUCAAAGAACUGUCAUUUGGAUGGGAAAGAAACAGGAGACUGUUGAGGAUGUUCCUUGUGGUAACACAGUUGCUUUGGUUGGUUUGGAUCAAUUUAUCACCAAGAAUGCUACAUUGACAAAUGAGAAGGAAACUGAUGCUCACCCAAUUCGUGCUAUGAAGUUUUCUGUCUCCCCUGUUGUCCGUGUUGCUGUUCAGUGUAAGGUUGCAUCUGAUCUUCCUAAGCUUGUUGAAGGUCUUAAACGGUUGGCUAAAUCAGAUCCUAUGGUUGUUUGUACUAUUGAGGAGUCUGGAGAACACAUUGUUGCUGGUGCAGGAGAGCUUCAUCUUGAGAUCUGUUUGAAGGACUUGCAAGAUGAUUUCAUGGGUGGAGCUGAGAUUGUUAAAUCUGACCCUGUUGUGUCUUUCCGAGAGACAGUUCUAGAGAGAUCAUGCCGCACUGUGAUGAGUAAGUCACCCAACAAGCACAACCGUCUGUACAUGGAAGCAAGACCACUGGAGGACGGGCUUGCAGAAGCUAUUGAUGAUGGCAAGAUUGGACCAAGGGAUGACCCCAAAGUUCGUUCCAAAAUCUUGUCCGAAGAAUAUGGUUGGGACAAGGAUCUUGCCAAGAAAAUCUGGUGUUUCGGACCUGAGACCCUUGGACCAAACAUGGUGGUUGAUAUGUGUAAGGGAGUCCAGUAUUUGAACGAAAUCAAGGAUUCUGUCGUUGCCGGAUUCCAGUGGGCAUCAAAAGAAGGUGCUUUGGCUGAAGAAAACAUGAGGGCCAUUUGCUUUGAAGUGUGUGAUGUUGUCCUGCAUGCUGAUGCCAUCCACAGAGGUGGUGGUCAGAUCAUUCCUACAGCUAGGAGAGUGUUCUAUGCUUCCCAGUUGACUGCCAAACCCAGGCUCCUUGAGCCUGUUUACCUGGUGGAAAUCCAGGCUCCUGAGCAAGCCCUUGGUGGUAUCUACAGUGUUCUGAAUCAGAAACGUGGACACGUCUUUGAGGAAAUGCAGAGGCAAGGUACCCCACUUUACAACAUCAAAGCAUACCUCCCUGUCGUCGAAUCCUUCGGAUUCUCUGGCACUUUGAGGGCUGCAACAUCAGGGCAGGCUUUCCCACAGUGUGUCUUUGAUCAUUGGGAUAUGAUGUCCUCAGAUCCAUUGGAGUCUGGCUCACAAGCUGCAACGCUUGUUACUGACAUUCGUAAGAGGAAGGGUUUGAAGGAGCAGAUGACUCCACUCUCUGAGUUUGAAGACAAGCUUUAAGUCAUUCUAAAAACACUAUUUAUGACCUUAGCUGAGUUUCUUCUGAUAAAAACUGUGGCCUUAGUUUUAUUUUAAAGUUCAGUAUUUAAGUUUUUAUUUGUUGUUUUGUCAGUGAAUUGUUGUACUUCAUAUCAUUUGUAUUUGCAUCGGUGUAUUUUUGGUCUUGGAUUUGCAUCGAUGAUGUUUGAACUAUUUGUGCUGAAUAUUACUGUUUUCAAUAA